AUGGCGUCUAGGAGGAAUGCGCCAUCCACUUCAGCCGAGAUCUCGCUCGUUCAUCUCAAGAACUGCCUCGUCAAUCUGCCACCGACGCUGGUGUCCCUCCUUGUCAACGUCAACACACCUGCUCAGAAUGUAGUAGUUGAGCUCAGCAUCAAAUCAUCCACGACCGCACAAGCUGGCGCAAGCCCCUCGCCCCAGUCGAUCUUUGUAGGAUGGACGGGUAUGCCGAGCAAGCGCAGGACCACGGCGCCUGUGGGAAGAGAUGGGAUCAGUGGGUCAAGAGGCUCGUCUAGAGAGCAGGACGGUCAAUCCCUCGAGAUGGACGCGACUUUGGCGAAAGCGCUUGGCGUCAGCGACGGCCAGAAGGUCAUGGCCACCGUUCAUGUCGAUCCACCGCUGGCGCAUACCAUCAACAUUGAGCCGCUUACCCCCGAGGAUUGGGAGAUUAUCGAGCUACACGCGACCUUUCUUGAACUGAACCUGCAGUCCCAAAUCCGAGCGCUACCGAAUCCGGCCUACGCCCCAUCGGAGGGCAUUCCCGUACCAGCUCACACUCUGACGCUGCACCUGUCGCCUACCUCGACAGCCAAUAUCAGGGUGGUGUCUCUGGACCCGGCGCCUGGUGCUGACGUACCAUUUGCGAAACUAUCACCCAACGCCGAGGUGAUUGUGGCACCCAAGACCAGAGCCAAGACGCCCAGUAGCACGGGAGAUCAUCGGAGUGUGGCCAGCACGUCCAAGUCGAAACGAAGCGGCGCAAGCACUGUGCGUCGGAGAAGUGCUAGAGAGGAGAAGAAGUCAGCCAUGUUCUUCCGUGGCAUUGAUCGCGCAGUUGUGCGCGAGUGGUUCGACGAGGAUGCGCCAGCUCAGGAGCUUAGCAUCUGGGUUGACCAGGAUAUCGUCCAAACCGGACCGCUACAGGGCGUCAAGUACGGGGUUGUUGAUGUGAUGAAGCCGGGUGGUCUGCAAAAGCCUCAAGCAGAAGAUGGCACUGCACCAGCCACUACGGCCACAGCGUCGCAGGUCAUUGUUCACAUACGAACGUGGGAGGACCCUCCAAACGGCCAAACCGCCGCGCUCUCGUCCGCGUUGUGCGCAACGCUUGGUUGCGAGGGUCUGGUGGGAGGCGUGGUCAAGCUGCAGCCAGCACCAGCGCAGCUGAUGACCAGCACAGUCAAGCAAAUCAAGGUGUUCCCCUUUGCCACAACCUCACAUGCUUCGGAGGGUCUGAAAUUUGGCGGUGAAACCAAGGCUGAGAAGGAAGAAUCCGCCAAAAGGUUUCGCAACAUCUACGGGGCUACCUCAGGCGCCCCAGGUCUGUUGCAAGGCCCCUUGACUGAUGGUGCUGCGCUAGGCAUCUUUGAGGGCUUGGACGCCCCAAGCACCUGGGAAGGAGGGCUUAUCAAAUUCGUGCUCGACUCGGAUAGCGUGAACCAGCCCGGCACGAGCAAGGACGCCGUGCAUUGGGUCCUGGGGCUUGAUAACAAGGUCAACAUCGACUUCCAGCCGCCAGUGCCUCGGGCAUCCAGCAAGGCUGAUGGGGACUCGUAUGAUCCCCAUCCUGAAACCGACGCCCUCCUCGUCGGCAUCGAUUCCUUGCUGCAGAAUCUGCAGAAGCAACUUGUACAAAUGUCGUCCCUGCUCCUGACAGGUGGCAUGGGAUCCGGGAAGAGCUCUGUGGCGAAAUACUUGGCCCAACAACUACGAGAGGACCACCUCUUCACAACCAUAUACUAUCCCUGCCGCAAGCUGGUCACGGACGAGACGAGAAUAUCGACUAUCAAGGAGACUCUGCACCAUCUGUUCAUGACUGCAACCUGGGGUGCCCGGCUAGGCGGGAAGGGCAUCGUUGUGCUCGACGACGUCGACAGACUAUGCCCUGCCGAGACCGAGUUGCAGGUCGGCAACGACAACGGCCGCAGCAGACAAGUCAGUGAGAUCCUGUGCUCCAUGGUGAAACAAUACUGCACAAAGAGCAGCGGUGUAGUGCUGCUGGGCACGGCUGAGGGCAAGGACUCUCUGAACAGCGUGGUGGUGAGCGGCCACGUAGUCAGGGACAUUGUCGAGCUGUCCGCGCCGAAUAAGGAAGCGCGCAGACGCGUGAUGGAAUCAAUCGUGAGCAUCGACGCCACGCGACCAGGCGAUGGGGUCGCACAAACGAGCAAUGGCAGCCGCCCCACGACGGCCGAUGGCAGCAGUGCUACUGGCGACGAGAACGGAGAAUGGAUGGAUGGUGGCAGUCAGUCCAAUGGCGAUUUGCCUCGCAAGAACGCUGGAGGAUUCAUCAUGGAGAGCGACCUCGACUUUUUGGAUAUCGCUGGCUCUACGGAUGGGUAUAUGCCAGGCGACAUUGCCGUGCUUGUGUCGAGGGCGAGAAACGAGGCGAUCAUGCGAGCCAUUGGCAACGAUCCCUCGGAUGCAAGCAACAUGCCCAUUCCCUUGGGUCGAACUGACUUUGACAAUGCUCUCAAAGGAUUCACACCGGCGUCGCUGCGUAACGUCUCUCUGCAAAGCUCGACCACUACGUUCAAGUCCAUCGGCGGUCUGCAAGAGACGCGAAAGAUCUUGCUGGAAACAUUGCAAUACCCGACAAAAUACGCACCUAUCUUUGCUCAAUGCCCGCUUCGACUGCGGUCCGGCCUGCUUCUCUACGGGUACCCGGGUUGCGGAAAGACACUGCUGGCGAGCGCUGUUGCUGGCGAAUGUGGUCUCAAUUUCAUCAGCGUGAAGGGUCCCGAGAUUCUGAACAAGUACAUUGGUGCGUCGGAGAAGAGCGUGCGUGAUCUGUUUGAUCGCGCCCAGGCAGCGAAACCGUGCGUGCUGUUCUUUGACGAGUUUGAUUCCAUCGCACCCAAAAGAGGCCAUGACUCUACGGGUGUGACAGACCGCGUGGUCAACCAGCUGCUUACCCAGAUGGACGGCGCCGAGGGCCUCUCUGGUGUCUAUGUUCUCGCCGCGACUUCGCGACCCGACCUGAUCGAUCCUGCACUGCUACGUCCCGGCCGACUUGACAAGUCGUUGCUGUGCGAUCUGCCCGAGGUCGAGGACAGGCUGGACAUUCUCAAGGCUCUGUUGCAAAAGGUGCGGCUAUCGGAUGAGCUGGUCCACUCUGAUGAUGUGCUCCUCGAUAUUGCGCAUCAGACUGAGGGUUACUCGGGUGCCGAUCUACAAGCGUUGGUUUCCAACUCGCAGCUGGAAGCCAUCCACGACGUUCUCGACGUCAACGAACAUGCCAUGACUGUCACGAAGCGAUCAAAUGGAGUGACGAAUGGACAGACGGACAAGGCAGCCCCGGGUUUCGUCCAAUUCCGCUACGGCGAGACGGCAAAGCCUGCCGAUGAUAGCGCACCCAAGAGCGCAGCCGCCGCGCUCGUGGAAAAGGCAGCCAUCGUGUCCAAGCUGGAGGAGAUCAAACUGGCACGUCGUAGGGCCAGGCAGACCCAGCGAGGAGCAGCGUUCGGGGGUCCCGGUGUCGACAGCAAGAGUGACGGCACUGACAAGGAGGUUGUGAUUCGCCGCGAGCACCUCGAGAGGGCUCUGGAUGCCACGAGAGCCAGUAUCAGCAGCGACGAAAAGGCACGCCUGCGCAGGAUCUACCACGAGUUCGUCGUGGGGCGUAGCGGACAGAUGAAGGACGGACAGGCUAGCAUGGAGAUUGGCGGCAGGAGUAGCUUGAUGGCAAACGGCAUGGAACUGUCGCCCGUGUUCGCUGCUUCCUCGGCUGCUGCUGCUGCUGCUGCUGCUGCUGUCGAUCAUCCAGAAUUCGGGUGGCAGGUGGGUUCCCACCUCGUCAUGGCCACUACCCGAGACUGGCACCCGCUCUCCGCAUUCCGGGAAAUGGCCCAUGGCGGUGGAGGCAUGAACUCAUCCACCACAUUGCCGGCUUUCCAUUACGACUAUGAUGUCGAUGAUGCGCACCCCGAUCGCAGCAACACACCUGAUGCUUGGGCCAAAUAUCUUCGCACUCGCAUUUCCCGUCGCAAACAGCUCUACCACAGCCUCGAGCCCUCUGAUCAGGACCUGAUCCGCAAAGAGGUUCGGAGAAUCAGCUACUUCAGAGAUCAUUUCAGGGACUAUCGCGUCUUUCCGACAGAUGGACUUCCGUUGGUGGCCUUGCUAGAUGACUCUCGCCAGAAGUGGCGGGACAUUGCCGCCAAGAGAGCAACAGAAGAGUUGGCCAAGGUCCAGCGACAGACCGAAAAGUCUGGCGAGACAGUUGCGACGACCCGCAACAGAAAAGUGUUGAGGUACGUCCAGCAAUGGCAGACGCCUGGCUACAAGGAUGCCCAAAAGGCCCUCCACCCUGAAGCCUACAUGCCCGACCUAGACGCCGGACCCGACAACAGCGAGGACGACCCCAGGCGCGAGGAUUAUGGGUACAACGGCUGGAUCAUCCUCUGGGACGAGAAGAAAGGAUGGGCCUCCAUGGACCACCCGCUGGUGCAUGGCUCCUUUCCUCACCAGAAAAUCUCCAUCCAGCAAUUUCUAUACAACAAGGAUAACACGCCCCUCAAGCGAUCAGAUCGCAAGGAUCAGUUUCGGUACUUUCACCUCCCUGCCAACAACAUGAAAUGGGUGGAACAGGCGAUGAGCAGGUACUACGGCGAGGAUAACGUCGAGUUCGACGGCAUGAAGGCCCUGAACAUUAAGCACAACUCACAACGGCUCCUGCGACCGGAGCUCUGGCGCGGCCAACAGCGCGGCGGUUACGGACUGCCCGCCCACUCGCGCCAGAUAGGGCCGCGUUGCUCCAUGGUUCCCUCUGCGGCUCUCGGACCCAAGGGCGGACUCGAGCAGGACGGCUGUGUGCGGAAAGAUUUUGCACUCUUCAUGCCCUUCUUGCACUUUGAGGUUGAGAAGAGACUCCACCGCAUGGGCCAGUUCAUGCAGGUGGCCAAGUCGCAGAACGAGAAGCUGCGCAGGGCCAACACGUUCCGGCAGCGAGGUCGUAUGGCCAGCGUCGCCAACAACAAGAUCAAGAAGAGCCACGGUCAUGUCGCCAGCUUCGAGCCCGAGAGGGAAGGCUUCAUGGAGGCAUGGAGACCUCGAAACGCACUGGCCAAGUACUUCUGGCACGUGGCCAAGAUACACCAAGUCAUCGACGAGGCCGCCGACGGGCGCCUCAUCGAGGAUCACCUGUACGCCACGCCUCCCUUACACCCUCGCAGAACGCUGGAGCAGUUCUACUACUGGACUGCCGAGGACACCAGUCGGAGAGAUCGUGACCAGGUUGUGGCACGCGGCACGCGGUACUACAGCGAGGAGCACAGCGCCGAAGCCUCAACCCGCCUCAUCAUGGUCGACCAGCUGUGGCUGUGGAUUUUGGAUGACAAUACCGUGAUAUCGGCGUUCCCCCGACGCUGGGGACGCAACAAGCCCGACCCGUCGGCUGUGCAUCGCAGCAUCCGUGAUCGGCUGGAGGAAUUGGACGCUGGCGAGAUCCAGUCCGUCUACGAUCUUGCACUCGUCGUCGUCGACGAGUGCUCCAAGGUCUUCUUUGACCCUUCAAAGCUGCUUGAUCACCGGCCCGAAUUACUAGACAUCUUCAGCUCGGCCAUCUCCAAGAUCGCCGAGAACAAGACCAUUGCGUACGAGGGCUUUGGACUUGAUCUGAGCAAGAUCAGCAGCGAGACGAUUGAAUCAGCAGAGAGGCUGGUCCGCAAGUCGCUGAACAUUAGUUUCGAAUGGUCCAUCCUGGAGGAGGCCCAGCACGUGUUGGAUGAGCUACAGAUUAUGCAGGAGAUUUUCAACACGCAAAUCAUCGUAUUGAGAGAUCUGGAUCGCAACUUGCAAGAGCUUCUCAGCGCCGACAUGCCAUAUCCAACGGUGGCGCAGUCUGGUCGGGCUUCUGUUGCCACAAAGAUUCGUGAGGGUUGGCGGAAUGCACGGGACAGAAUCGUGUCACUCACCUCGGACAUGGAGCAGCGGCGGGGCGAACUGGCCGAGAUGGAGAAGCUCCAGACGAAGACGCGCUCACAGCUGCGCGACCUCGUCGAUAUGAAGCAGCAGCAGGCCAACAUCAUCGAAGCCAAGGCCGCUAUUCGCCGUGCAGAUGAGUCGGUAAUACAGGGCCGAUCCAUUGUGAUCUUCACAGUGGUGACGAUUAUCUUUCUCCCUCUGCAAUUCAUGACAUCCAUCUUUGGCAUGAACGCAAAACAGUUCAGCGAGGACGGUGCCAUGGAGCUCGGGCCGCAGCUCAGAUGGAUGUUCGGCGUGAGCAGUGUCGUCAUUGUCGUGUCGCUUUCUCUAGCAUUUAGUACCUGGAUACGCACGGCUCUGGCGGUGGGAUGGACAUUUGUCUACACCUACAUUGAAGAACGGCUGGGCCUGCGCACAAAGAAGGCCCGCUACAGCUCGAGUGCCUUCAAGAGCAAACAGCACGAGCGUCUCCGAGAGCUCGAGACGCGGGAUCAGCAGAGACGUCUUACUGAGAUCAACAGUCGCAGGAUGACCUCGCCGAGACGGCAGCAGCAGAGUGAGAAGAGGUCGACGUGGGAUGUACGGAAUCUGAAGCCGACACCGGGGCUAUUCGGGUGGAAGCGAGACUCGCCCAAGGACAAUCACGACGCCGUCUGA